AUGGCUUCGGCUGGAGGCGGCGACUGCGAGGGCGCCGGGCCCGAGGCGGACCGCCCUCACCAGCGGCCCUUCUUGAUCGGCGUGAGCGGCGGCACCGCGAGCGGCAAGUCCACCGUGUGUGAGAAGAUCAUGGAGCUGCUGGGACAGAAGGAAGUGGAUCACCGGCAGCGCAAACUGGUCAUCUUGAGCCAAGACAGAUUCUAUAAGGUCCUGACCGCGGAGCAGAAGGCCAAGGCCUUGAAGGGACAGUACAACUUCGACCACCCAGAUGCUUUUGAUAACGAUUUGAUGCACAGGACUCUGAAAAACAUCGUGGAGGGCAAAACAGUGGAGGUCCCCACCUAUGAUUUUGUGACCCACUCAAGGCUUGCGGAGACCACGGUGGUCUACCCCGCAGAUGUGGUCCUGUUCGAGGGCAUCCUCGUCUUCUACAGUCAGGAGAUCCGGGACAUGUUCCACCUGCGCCUCUUCGUGGACACCGACUCUGACGUCAGGCUGUCUCGGAGAGUUCUCCGGGACGUGCAGCGGGGCCGGGACCUGGAGCAGAUCCUGACGCAGUACACCACCUUCGUCAAGCCGGCCUUCGAGGAGUUCUGCCUGCCGACAAAGAAGUACGCAGACGUGAUCAUCCCUCGAGGGGUUGACAACAUGGUGGCCAUCAACCUCAUCGUGCAGCACAUCCAGGACAUCCUCAACGGCGACAUCUGCAAGUGGCACCGCACAGGGGCCAACGGGCGCAGCCACAAGAGGGCGUUCCCGGCGCCGGGGGAGCACCCUGCGGUGCUGGCCGCGGGCAAGCGCUCGCACCUGGAGCCGAGCAGCAGGCCCCACUGA